GCCCACCCUCCCACGGUCACCAUGCCCAGAAUCAAAGGUCUCACCACUGGCAGUAUCCCCGGGUUUGUCGACAUUGCCCUGAACCUGGACUCCAAGGCUCUGGUGGAAGACAACGUCAUUACCCAGAUGUACCGGGCGGGGCGACGUAUCGUGUUCUACGGGGACGACACGUGGCUGAAGCUGUUUCCUGAACACUUUGUCCGCCAUGACGGGACCACGUCGUUCUUUGUCACUGACUAUACUGAGGUGGACCAGAAUGUUACGCGUCAUGUCGUCCCUGAGCUGUCACGUCCAGACUGGGACGUGAUGAUCCUCCACUACCUCGGACUGGACCACAUCGGCCACCUCGCAGGGCCGACCAGCUCUCUUAUUGGGCUGAAGCUUCAAGAAAUGGACACAAUGGUGGAGACCAUCCAUAGUACAGUGGUGGAACAGGACAGUGAGAGAGCCCUCCCGACUCUGCUGGUUCUGUGUGGAGACCAUGGCAUGAGUAACGCAGGCAGCCAUGGAGGAGCGUCGGCGCCUGAAACUCUCACCACACUUCUGUUCCUCAGCUCGCUCUUCUCAGAGGGAAAAGGCUCCAGUCAUGUGACUUCCCCAGUGUACCAGACCGGUCUGGCCCCGACCCUUGCCCUGACCUUUGGCGUCCCCGUCCCCCAGAACAGCUUGGGUCAGGUCAUGACCCCUGUGCUGGCAAGGUCAAGUUCACGGGAUCAGCUCCAAGCUGUACAGAUCAACGCAUAUCAGCUGGUGAGGGUGCUACAAGCCAAUGUGCCUGGAUAUAACAGAGAGGCUGGUUACCAGUUGUACCAGCAGGCAGUGAAGAUGCACUCUGGUUGGCUGAAGGCCCUGGUUACUGGGGAAACGGCUGCUAACCUGGAGACCCUGGGACAGAGAGUUACCCAACAGUACCGCCGGGCUAUGGAGAAGAUUGUUGACAGGGUGUCCGCAUCGCUGUCUGAGUACGACAUGCACGCUAUGGCGGUCGGUAUCGCACUGCUGGUACAGGUGUCCUCCAUACUCAUAGCUGCGUCUGGAAAGUUUGUUGCAGAGGUGGUACCGGGAACAGACUCUUGGAUGGUGUACAUUCCCUCCCCUAUCCUUCUCCUGAGUAGUUUCUUCCUGGUCCUCUCUGCACAAGUCAGCGUGUGUACCAGUGCUACAGGCUGGGCCAGUGCUGAGCUGUGCUCAGGAAAAGCUGGAUGGUUUAUGUCCUUUGCAGCGGUUACUUUUACCAGUGUCUGUGUCUCCUUGACAAUCCAGUCGUUAUUCCUGACUAACUGGAGGACACUGUUGUCAGCAGCUGCCUAUGGUCUGCACAUGUGCUGCAGUCUACCUUGGGAAACCAUGUUCCUACUGAUGGGAGUGGGGUUACACACAGUCAGCCUGGGCUCCAGCAGUCUGGUGGAGGAGGAACAUCAGACUUGGUACUUCCUCCAAACCACUCUCUUCCUCCUCCUGAUGUGCAGCACUCUCCAGGCUCUACCCUCUACUACUCGUUUAAGACAUUCCCUAGAACAGGACACAGAUGUUGAUAAAGAAAGUGAUAUUUAUAAGCAGAGGAUAUCGCUAUUGGAGGGAGAACAGAAAUAUGACCAUAGAAAAGAGAAGACUGAUAAGGAAUCGAGUCAGGCUGAAGAAAAGGUACAAUCCGAAUGUGGGUUGUCAACCAGGGAGGACUGUGUGCUAGACCAGGGGUUUGUGAGGAAGAUGGUUGCAGUUCUGGCCUUGUUGGUAACCAGUCGAUUGUUACGGUCCUGGAACCAGACUGGCAUUGUGUCAGCAGACCGACCCGACAUCGGAGACUGGUUUGUUAGACCUGAGAACAAGAUGUAUCUAUCCUUGUUGGUGGCUGCAUCGUUCUUCACCACCUUCUUACUACGAUGGAGGAGUUGCAGUUUUUCCAGUUCCUUUCUCCUAGGAGUGGGACUGAUUGGUGUCUACCAUUACAGAGGCAAAACUGGAGUCCUGGCUGCACCUUGGGUACUGCAUACAGACAAGGGUAUAUUGGAAGCACGCCUGGUGUACCUUGUUAUUAUCAUUCAGCUGUGUUGGACCUGUGUUGAGCUGUUCAAAACUUGGUGUCAGCAUCUGCAAACUGUAAAGGAUGACGAGAACUUAGCAGGCAACAGACUUAGAGACCAUGUACCAAAAAACAACCUACCAACAACUCAAAGUUUCUACAAAGAAAAAGAAAAUUUGAAAGACGCCAGGAAGAUAUUUGUGGAUGGUCUCUUAACAACCUUCGUUUUGUCAGAAGCCUUGUUGUUGAGACCACACAAUGCUACUGUGUUAGCAGUGACUGUCUUCCAGCAGUACGUGCUACAUGAACUGGUUUUACCAUGGACAACCCUGUACCACAGCGUUCCUUUACUGGCACUUGUACAUGUAUGGAUGGGACAGGCUGCUUUCUACUUCCAGGGGAACUCCAACAGCAUUGCCACCAUUGACAUCUCUGCUGGGUACGUCGGUAUGGAGGAUUAUGUGCAGGAGAUAGCAGGAACGUUAACGUGCCUUUCUACAUAUGCAGGGCCGCUUCUCUGGUUCACCAGUCUUCUGGUGCUUAUUACAAAGAAAUAUCCAAGGCCAUACCCAGCCAUGCUACAAGCCUGCUUCGCCAUCAUCAUCACAAGAACAUUACCAGUCACAGGAUACACAGUAAUCACAACCCUGCAGCGAUACCACCUCUUUGUGUGGAGUGUCUUCUCCCCCAAACUGUUGUAUGAAGGGAUGUUGACAGCUGUGACAGCAUCAGUGGUGGUCUUGAUGUUAUGCCUCGGGGUACCCCUUCACAUGAUUGGGGCAACUCUUGACCUGACUCAUGCAAGAAGAUGAGAUGAGGACGAUUGAGGCAAGAUACAUAAUAUACACAAAUGUUCGAGUUCACUCAAUACAGUAUAGUUUCCCCUUGAUAAGACAUGCUUUAGAUGGCGCCUUUCUUUAUAGCAUUUAGUAUUUGGCAAGUGCACUACCAUACAACCUACAGUAACUAAACAAUCAGACAGACAAAGACAACGAUGCAGGUACAAAUGUUUUUUAAUAACCUUGAGCACUACUACAAACAUGUUUGUUUGCUUGUUUAUUUCGAUCCCCAUGUAACUAGCAACGGCCUUAGAUUUUAAAUCUUGGAUUAGUCUGAGAAUUAAUUAAAGUUGCAAGGCCUGCGCAGGACACUGGUAAUCAUUUCGAAUGUGUGGUCAAAUGGCCUUCAGAAUGUCAUUGAACAGUUUGUCCCUGAUGCCUCUAUGGGAUCAUAUAAAGCAAAAAGUUGCCUCCUUAGUAGAUCCUGACUGUUAGUACAAGAACUUCUAACAUGCUGCGACUGACUGCAACAAAGGUAAAGUUAUGAGCAACCAUUCCUUAGAAAAGGUGUCAAAGUGAUAGAACCAGAGUCAAGUAGAAUGAUAAGUGGCAAAUCUGUUUAAUCUUAUGGGCAGAACAUGGUAUUAGGAAUUGUGUUAAGAAAACACGUAGUCACAUUGCUGCUCCUGGAAGCUGGCUUUGCCUGUGGCGCUUUAGACGGGCCAUCUUCUAAUCAAUGUAGCAUAGCUCCUUGGUUAUCAUGUUUGCCUUUCACAAAAGAUACGGGAAGAUUAAAGAAGUUAAACUCAGGGAGAUGUGUGAUGUGCAGGGACUUGAAUGGCAGUGUUGCCA